UUGCGUUAUAUUUCAGUGGCAUUUGUGUGUUCAAAGUUUUUAAGCUUACUGUCCAUAAAUUCCAGCAUGAAUCGAGAGAAAAAUACCCCAUGCGGCUUUGCUAACGGCACGGCUGUCUCCGGUGAGACGAGAAAGAGACAGGACUACCUGGAGUGGUCCGAGUAUUUCAUGGCUGUGGCUUUUCUGUCUGCUCAGAGGAGCAAAGACCCGAGCUCACAGGUGGGAGCGUGUAUUGUGAAUCAGGAUAAUAAAAUAGUGGGAAUCGGCUAUAACGGGAUGCCGAAUGGCUGUGAUGAUGACCUCUUGCCCUGGGCUCGCUCUGCUGAAGACAGACUGGACACUAAAUAUCCUUACGUGUGCCAUGCUGAGAUGAACGCUAUCAUGAAUAAAAACUCGGCGGAUGUCAAAGGCUGCAUCAUGUAUGUCGCUCUGUUUCCCUGUAAUGAGUGUGCUAAACUCAUCAUCCAGUCAGGUAUUAAAGAGGUAGUUUAUCUGUCAGAUAAAUACCACAGCACUCCGGAGAUGGAAGCUUCCAGAAGACUGCUGGAUUUGGCGCGUGUCCAGUACAGUCAGUUUCAGCCAAAGAGGAACAAGAUCGUUAUUGAUUUUGACUCAAUCAGUCCCUCAGUCCAGCGUGAGUGUAAUGGAAGCAGCUCCACAGUACUAAAUGGAGUAAGCGCUACAACAUCAAACAACAAAAACUGAAAGAAAAGGAAAUGCUAAUCAAUUGGUCUUUACUAUCAGUACUCGUAUAUCAGUACGAUCUGUGAGUGCUGAAAUAUUUGGUAUUCUGUAUUUUAACAUGUUUCGCUGAAAGAUCAAAUACAACUUGAACGCUGCAAAAGACAGAAGUAAACAAAGUUGCAAGCUAACUAUCCUCAAAUUAUUGAAAUGCAGAUUAUUAUGACGUUCACACAUUAUAAGUGUGAGCAAACAAUUAUCCACACUCUGGCUGUAGAAUUUAUUUUAAUUAAGACAUGCAUACUUUUUUUUGACAAUCUCCUUGAUUUUCAAUACAAGCUGUCAACAAACUUUCAUAUUCCUUAAUUGAAAUGUUUUACCUCGAGCUGCAAGCCAUGAAUGCACCACUGUCUUUACUUCAUCAGUCUUCGUCCUUGUUGGGUUGCUUUCAGGGGACCAAACAGGUAGAAGUCAGAUUGAGCAAAUCUGGACUGUAGGGAGGAUGCGUUAACACCUCAAAACCAAGUUUUUGUGUUGUCAGUUGGAGUGGUUUGAAUGUCAACAGUGUGGGUAGAAGCGUGCACACGUUUGUCAUCCGAUGUGGACAGGCGCUGGCUUCUUCUUGAUGGUUAACACUUAUGCAACAUUUCUUGAACUUCUCUAUCCAUUCAUACACACUUAUUUGUGACAAAACACUUUCUCCGUACUGUGCACAAGGUUUUCAAUAAAUAACGUUACAGAGACUGGCAGGAGACAGUAUCCUUGAACGGAAAGCAUUAUCAAGACCACCUACAGAAGUUUUACUACAACCGGAGUGAGGAUAAUUUUAGACUUACCCUUGUAAUAUAGUAAUAUUGUAAAACACAGAGAAUUGCCUAAUAUAGGUAAGUACUUAAGUAUGAACUGGCCCUGGGCUAGUAAUUGCUAAAAUAGUAAAAAUCACCAAUCAAAUGUUACUGUAAUAUUGAAUGUUACUGCAGUGCUAAAAUAUAAACAUCACUUGCCACCAAAUAGGGUUGAAAUGAGUAGAUAAAUGAAUACGUUAUUAAAAUGGUAUUGACUCAAAUGCUGAAUCUACUGUAAACAAAAAUUAUCAAACAUGCACAAACAUUUUAAAUACUGUACUGAAAUUUAAGGAUGAAAAUCAGGUUUUAAAUUGUUACUGCAGUAUUUUCUCAAUGUUCUAAAAUGCCUGCUGAAACAACGCAAGCAUAAUGCUGAAAUAAUGUAAUAAGCAGUGUUGACCAGUGAAACACCAGCAUAUAUACAAUUUAGAAUAAUCUGUAAGAACCCUUUUCUUUUUUUUCGGUGUUGGUGCAGGUUUUGUCCUGUCCUUAGCAUUUAAGUGAUCUGCCUAGAUUUUAUAUACUCUAUACAGUUUCAAAUGAGUUUAAGAUUUGUAAUAUAUUAGCUUAACUUUUCAAUCUGUUUUCUGAACCAAAAUAUGUUUGUAGAUUAAUGAUUUUGAUGUAAUAUAUAACCGCAUGUUAAUCAUUCUGUUUAUAAUUUUUUAAAAUAAAUAUUUUAACUGCG